AUGGCCGUCUUCCCCUCUUUCGGCCCGGACCCCUCCACCCCCCUCCUGGCCCAGUGCAACCAGAUCAUCGACCGCAUCACAAUCCUCCUCUCCGAACUGGACCAGCUCAAAGCAGCGAUAGAGCGCCGUCCCGCGUCGGGCCACAAGCCGCUCUCGUGGAACCAGGCCGUGCCCGGGCUCGGCUUCUUCGAGCGCCUCAUCAUCUCGGAGCGCAAACACCUCGAGAAGAUGGUGGCGGCGUACGACGAAGACGACGACGUCGAGGAGCUGGACAGCAGAGUGAGGUUACGGCUCGACGCCAGCAACUACAAGUUCUACGAGACCGUGUGGGAGAUCACCAAGCGCUGCGAGGACCUCACGGGCAUGCGCAGGGAACUCACGUACAAAACGGGUCCCAAGGGCAAGGGCGUCAACGCUGUUAUUGACCUCGUGGUUAACGGCGGCGCGGACUGGAUCAAAGUCGUCACGACCACCGAGCGCAGGCUGUUUUACGAGAUGGCCGACGCCGGGUGGGACUGGGACGGGGAGGACGGGGAGAAGGACGCGGAGGAGGCCAUGAUGGAGGUUUUGAAGGACGAGACGGAGGAUAGUAUCGAGGUCGCCAAGGUCGCGAGACACAUGGUCGCCGCGGCGCGCACGAGCUACCAGGACUACAGACGUCCCCGGGUACGCAUCCUCAUGUCGCGGAUCGAGGAGGGGCGCAACGAGCAGGUCGACCGCCUGCUCGGCCUCGUGCGCCGGAUGGGGGACGACAGGGUCGAGCUGGUCGUCGAGACGGCGAACUCGCCGGGCGGGAUCCUCACGCACCCGACGCCGCCGUUCGACGAGGCCGUGAGGAGGCUCGUCAACACGGACUACUUCCGCGACUUCUCGGACACCUUGAACGUGGAUUGCUCCGUCUUCAUGGCGCUGGCGUCGGACUUUAGUCACAUGCGCAUCGGGCCGGACUCGGAGCUGCUGCGGUGCAACCAGCACCGGAUCGACGCGACGGACGAGGUGGAGAACGGGCCGCGGCUGCUCACCACGCUGUACCCCGCCAUGAGGGGGAGGAACCUGGUGUGCACGCGCGAGGCGGCGGAUACGUUUCUGAAGAUCGUGUACGGGAUCGGGACGGAGACGGAGAAAGCGCGGACGGGAAUCGUGUUCGAUCCGGUCGAGGCGGGAGCCGAUCCCGAGGCGGAGCGGAGUAGAAGAGUCGCGGCGCUGCAGGCGCUCUCGACGUACCCGGUACCGGAGGACCUGCGGCUUCCCGUGGAGGUCGUGGGGAGCGUGUCGUGGGACGACGCGCGGCGGAUGGUGGAGGAGGGGGCGCUGCCGGGGGCCGCGCUGGCGGUGGGGAGGUCGGGGUCCGGGCUGAACGCGAUGAACGUGCCGUCGUUCCUGUACGGGUGGAAGGCCGGGGUGACGACGAUCACGGGGAACUGGGAGGCGGCGAAGAGGUUGAGGGGGGUGAUCGAGGAGGAGGGGAGGGAGUUGGAGGGGGGCCAGGUCGGGCCGCUUUUUUGUUGGAUACCUUUUUCGUGCAGCAUGGCAAGGCAAGCCUUGACCGACGGUGACUGGGAGAAGAACCGCCCGAGGCAUGAUGAACAUGAUGACGAUUCCUACUCCGACGACGACUUGAAUCUCGAGGCCGGAGAUACGGCCUCUCACACCCCCAACGAAGACGCAUCGAAAUCCCUCCUCACCUCCACCAACACCAAACCACAUCCCCACAAGAGACGCCGCGAAUGCACAACAACCCGCCCGACCUUCAUCCUCACAAUCCUCCUCUCAGCCCUCCUCGGCGCCCUCUCAACCUUCGCCAUCAUCUCCCUCCUCACCCACACCAAACCCACCACCAACCGCAACGCCAACACCCUCGCCUCUCCCUCCCACGACUCCACGACCACAACCUUCCUCUCGACCGCCCCCUGCGGCUCCACACCCUCCGAAGCCCGCGCGGCGGGCUGCAUCUUCGACCUCAUCAGCUUCAACUGGCUCCCGCCGGCAUGCCACGACGCCGCCCUCGCCGCGGACUUCGAGGCCGAGCUGGAGGCCGCGGGGAUGCUGUCGUGGUACGAAGAUAUGGAGCGCACGCGGCCGCUCGGCAGGGCGCAGAUCAUGACGGGGGAGUAUUCGGGGGUCUACGUGUCUCUGGGGUACCACUUGCGGCACUGCACCGCGAUGUGGAGGCGGAUGCAUCGGGCGAUCAUGGAGGGGGGCGGCGGGUUGGGGAGGGUGGAUAGUUAUAUCUGGAGUUAUCACCACACGCGGCACUGCGAGGAGAUGUUGUUGACGAGGUAUAAUGAGAGUGACCUGGGAGAGGUGUUUACUACGGAAGUGAGGAUUAAGUAUCCGGACUGCGGUGUUGUGCUGCAGGAUGUGACUUCUUAG